CUGUUGCCGAGGGGACGGGCCAGGCAGAUGCCAACAUGGCAGCGGUUGGAGCUGGCGGUUCCACCGCGGCGGCCGGGCCAGGGGUGGUCUCCACAGGGGCGUUGGAGCCUGGGACCGCGAGUGCGGGUAACGUGAAGCACCUGGUUCUUUUCCUCCACGAGGCUGUCCUGGUGCAGUAUGUGGACACACUCAAGCUCGCAGUGCCCUCUCUCAUCUACACCUUGCAGAAUAACCUCCAGUAUGUUGCCAUCUCCAACCUGCCAGCUGCCACUUUCCAGGUGACGUACCAGCUGAAGAUCCUGACCACAGCACUGUUCUCCGUGCUUAUGCUGAACCGCAGCCUUUCCCGGCUGCAGUGGGCCUCCCUGCUGCUCCUCUUCACUGGAGUCGCCAUUGUCCAGGCACAGCAAGCCGGCGGCGGGGGCCCACGACCACUGGAUCAGAACCCUGGGGCGGGCCUAGCGGCCGUCGUGGCAUCCUGUCUCUCCUCGGGCUUUGCAGGUGUCUACUUUGAGAAGAUCCUCAAAGGCAGCUCAGGCUCUGUGUGGCUGCGCAACCUGCAGCUGGGCCUCUUCGGCACGGCACUGGGCCUGGUGGGGCUCUGGUGGGCCGAGGGCACUGCUGUAGCCCGCCGUGGCUUCUUUUUCGGGUACACGCCCGCUGUCUGGGGCGUGGUGCUCAACCAGGCCUUUGGUGGGUUACUGGUGGCUGUUGUCGUCAAGUACGCCGACAAUAUCCUCAAGGGCUUUGCCACCUCCUUGUCCAUUGUGCUGUCCACUGUUGCCUCCAUCCGCCUCUUUGGCUUCCACGUGGACCCGUUGUUUGCCCUUGGCGCUGGGCUGGUCAUCGGUGCCGUCUACCUCUACAGCCUUCCCCGAGGUGCAGCCAAAGCCAUAACUUCCACCUCUGCCUCCACCUCUGGGCCCUGCACUCACCAGCAGCCUCCGGGGCAGCCGCCGCCACCGCAGCUGUCUUCCCACCGUGGAGACCUCAGCACGGAGCCCUUUCUGCCAAAGUCAGUGCUGGUGAAGUGAGGGCUGGCGGUGGCGGUGGGGGGAGACAGGGAGGGACGCUGGGUGGAGGGUGUUGGGCAUCUGCAGGACCCAAGCUGCCACUGGGGCCUGGCUCCUCUGGGGUUGGAAGGGUCUUUUCUUCCAGGUUGUUGAGACUUCCAGAAGGGUGUGGGACUAGGGCAGGGCAUUACAUAAACCCUUCCUUGUAGCCAGGGGUUUUUAGAGCUGCCUCCUCUGUCCCAGUCUAACCCCUUUGGGGACUGGGUUGGGGGUAUUGUCACUUGAGGCUUUUUUUUGUCUGCCCCCUCAGCCAGAGGUGUCCUGUCUCUCAUGCCUGGGAGAGUCCCUCCCAGCAAUCCCUCCAGCUUUGUAGGGACAAAUUGGACAAAAAUCCUACAGCUCUUUAAUGAUGACUGAUGCCUGUGGGGUUCCAAUUCCCAUAGCGUGAGGCCGUCUCUCCUCCCUGACAACCACACUGGAUCAGUUAGCAGCUCUUUUUGUGGCCUUGGGGCAGCUUCCCUAACACAGGGACUUGAAAAUGGGCCUCUUGUGAGCACCCAGGGAGAGAGGAAGGUGGGGGGGCAAGAGCUGCGAUUUUUGCAUCAGCCCAUUCAGGGGGAGGGUGCAGUAGGGGCCAUUUGUCUGUUAGUGGUUUGGGGGAUUGUAGUGUAAUCAGAUGAAUGAUCCAGGAUGUGGGAAAAAUGGAGAAGGGAGGUCCUUGAAGUGGCCUAAUCUCAUGGAAUCUAAGACACUGUUAGUUGCUGGAUGCAGGGUUAUUUUCUGAGACAUCCUGAGAGGAAAAAUAAAGCUGCCAACCACACUCGUGAUACCCCACUAGCUGUAUGAGGCACCCUUACUUCAUGGGGAGGGGUGUCUUUAAAUUGCUGAAAUGUGGAACCUGCCCCCUGCACUCCCCAGAGCUUAUUAACCCCUUAACUGUCUCCCAGGGUGUAUGUGGUUGGUUGUGUGUGUGUGUAUGUGUGUGUGUGUGCGUGCACGCGUGUGCGUGCUUGCACAUGGGAGAUGCCUGGGCUGUCUUUGCUAUAUGUACAUAGGGCCGUUGGAUCUUUAUUUUUGAUUAAUUUGUUCUGAUUUUUUGGUUUGUUUUCUAAGGAACUGUAAUGAACAAAUGUCAGGAUACCCAAUGCCAAAUAAAGAUGUUGUAUUUAUUUAGUCCACGUGUAGCUUUCUGACCCAAGGGACCCGCUCUCUCGGCAUGGGCUGUUACUAACCCAGGGGACUACCAGCCUCACUAGUCACCCUCGCUUGCUCCAGACAUCCGC